GAAAAACGAAAAAUGGCUAAAUGAUUUGGCCGUUAACUUGGAGCUUCAAGGUAAAGGAAAAACUAUUAUUGAGAUGAUUAGCGCAGUAAACGCAUUCAAAAAUAAAUUGCAACUUAUGAUAGAUCAGCUGAAAAGAAAGUAUCUGAUACGUAUGAGGCUGAAUUAUCAAAUAUUUUGGAACAAUUCGAAAUGCGUUUUUAUGAUUGCAGUAAAUUGGAAAAUAUAGCAUUAUUUAUGAGUUAUCCUUUUUCAUGUAAAAACAUUGAGGAAUUAGCUACUGAAAUAGCAAGUCAGUUUAAUAUGAACUCAUGUUCUGUUGAAAAUGAGUUGGUGCAGAUUAUAUCAGAUAUACAUCUCAAAGCUACAGUAUCUGAUACAAAUUUCUGGCGUUUUAUAUCUGAAGAUAAAUAUCCGAAUGUAAGGCAAAUCGCCAUUCAACUGACGGCAUUUUUUGGGUCAACUUACUUGUGCGAGUCUGCAUUUUCUGAAAUAAAGAUAAUUAAGUCAAAAUAUCGCAAUCGACUAACUGACGAUCAUAGGACAUCAUGCUUGCGAUUAGCACUCAGUGGUUACGUACCAUCUUAUGAAAAGUAUGCUGAGGACAUGCAGUGCCACGCUUCAACAUCCAAAGCCACUCCUUAG